CACGUCAGUUUGCAAUAGUGGUGACGUCAAUAAAAGGCUCAUCAUGUUUCACGGAAUACCUGCUUCUGGAGUGAUGGGAGGAGCACCUGCCAACAAGCAAGAACUGUAUGAGGAGGUGAAAUUGUACAAAAAUGCCAGAGAAAGGGAAAAGUAUGACAACAUGGCAGAGUUGUUUGCUGUGGUCAAAACCCUCCAGGCCCUGGAAAAAGCCUAUAUUAAGGACUGUGUGACUCCAAACGAAUAUACAGGAGCUUGCUCAAGAUUGCUUGUCCAGUACAAGGCUGCUUUCAAACAAGUCCAGGGAUCAGAUGUGGGCUCCAUCGAUGACUUUUGUCGGAAAUAUAGGCUGGACUGUCCACUGGCUAUGGAGAGGAUCAAGGAGGAUCGACCAAUCACCAUUAAGGAUGACAAGGGCAACCUGAACCGCUGCAUUGCAGACAUUGUUUCUCUUUUUAUCACAGUGAUGGACAAACUUCGACUUGAGAUUCGUGCCAUGGAUGAGAUCCAGCCUGAUCUGAGGGAGCUCAUGGAGACCAUGAACCGGAUGAGCAACAUGCCUCCAGAUUCGGAGGCCAAAGACAAAGUCAGCCUCUGGUUAACCACACUGAGCAGCAUGUCUGCGUCUGAUGAGCUGGAUGACUCUCAGGUUCGCCAGAUGCUGUUCGACCUGGAGUCCGCAUACAACGCCUUCAACCGUUUCCUGCACUCGUCUUAAACGCUCCCUCCGUCUCUGAUCUCCUCCUCACCAGCUUUUUAUCAAACCUUUGUUUCAUUUUCCCUGUUUGUUCUAUGUCUCUUAAACAUUAGGUUCUUUAGAUUUCAAUGAAGGAACCUCAAAUCCAGUUAGAGUACUGUUGUGUGUCACUAAUACAAAUAGGGUUAUAAUUAGAAUAUGGUGCAAAGGUUCAUUUAUCUCAGUAAUUCAACUUAAAAGGUGACACUAAUAUAGACUCAUUACGUGCAAAAUGAGAUAUUUCAAGCCUUUAUUUGUUAUAAUUUUGAUGAUUAUGGCUAACAGAUAUGAAAACCUUUUCACAAUAUUCUAAUUUUGAAUUUGGGGUUUUCAUAAGCUAAGCCAUAAUCAUCAUGAUUAUAACAAUAUCUCACUUUGCAUGUAAUGAGUCUAUAUAAUAUAUUAGUUGCACCUUUUAAGUUGAAUUACUGAAAUAAAUGAACUCUUGCAUGAUAUUCUCAUUUUUCGAUUUCACCUGAAUUGUUCACAGAUUUGUUCCCUUUCUAAGUAGUGUUGUUUUUUUGUUGUUGUUUUUUUAAUAUAAAGCUUUUUUUCUUCGAUCAAUUGGUCAUCUGAAAGUGUUCUCUAGAAUGACCCAAUCAUUAGGCUGGCAAUAGCGAAUACUUAGAAGUAUAGGAAGGGGAAAUAUGCUGGCCUCUAUUAAUACAUGUGUUAAAUGACAGUUUAUGGAUCUCAUAAUAUAUUAUAGAGCAAGGUUUGAUGCGGAUACUUGAUUUUCAGUACUGCAUUUUAUUUUAAAUGUGUAAUAGUUUCCCCAACUUCAUGUUUACUUUCUGUUCAAAUAUAUUUUUUCCAGUAUUUAAAUGAGAUGAUUUUAAUUGCACUCAUUUACAGUACUCUAACAUUUUUGGUUGAUAAACUUGACUUUUAUAACAGAGCUUGAUUAAGGACUUGGUGUAUUCUUUCCUUAGCAUGGUGUUGGUCUAGUUUACCAUUAUGUAAUACGUCAUAUUUAUUAUUAAAUGACCAUUGUAAAUAAAAUAGUUUUGAAAUAAACCACAUAACUUACAAAAA